AACAAACAGUCUUCAAAUAUUUUGCAAAUGUGUCUGUCAGAUUGAUUUGACAAAGCGUUCAAUACAUACAAACAAAAAUUAUCAAAAUAUUAAACAAAAAUACCUAACUAAAUGAAAAAAUUUGGCAAAUGUGUAGAUAAAAACAAUUUAUAUUAAAAAAAAAUAACUUUUAACGUUAUUAAAUAAUAAUAAAACAGCAAUAAUUCAUUUAUUUUUAUCUGUAAAAUAUUUUUGUGUAACUAUUAAGUAACAAUCAAAUAAAAAAAUGGGUAAUAAAUCCUCAAGCAAUAUCUCAACUUAUCCCCAACAUGACGAUCCGGCCUAUAGAAAAUGUCAAGAAUUAAAGAUGGAACGUUGGAUACAAAUGCACUAUCAAAUUAAGGAACGUGAACAGGCCACUGAAAUCGCCCGUAAUAGAGAAUUUUUCUAUUGGUUAAGUGGUUUCUAUAUAACUUCCCUGCUGGGUUGUUUUUCAUUUUAUCAACGCACUCGAAGACCGGUUACAUUACUGCCCAUGGUACCUUUGUCAUUUGUUAUGGGCUAUUACGGUGAUUUAGCUUAUGGCAGUAAGAUACAUCGUAUUAAAGCUGAAGCCAAUAUGAUAAUGGAACAUGAACCAGAACUAUUGCAUUGGCCUGGUGGUCUACCCACAGUGGCCACGAUUGAUGAGGCACGUGUCGAGGCUGAAAUGGAAAAGAAAAUGCAUCCCCACCACUCAUAGACUCUAACAAAUGAUGAAGAUUCAAACAGCUUAAUAAUUCCCUAUGAUGCUCAAGUUAUACUAUUUUUAAUUAAUAAUUAAUGGUAUUCACUAAAAUUUAAAAAAUAAUACAACAGCAACAACACGUAUAUAAUACAUUAGUUAUAUUUAGGACAAUAUUAAUAUUUCUUAGAAAAGAAAAAUUUCCCAUAUUCAUUAAUAAGAACCAAAAUAAUAAUUUUAAUGCCAUUAUGAAAAUUAGUGUGUGUGUAAGAAAAGUUUCAAUCUAAAAGAAAACGUAGAAUAUUUAUUAAAAAUUUUUAUUUCUUAUUCCUCUUGUGGCCAUUUAUACUUGAAUAAUAUUUAUAUUUAUAGUAAUUUAUUAAUAAAUUCCUUAACUUAUUUAAAUUGUAUACACUUUUCACAAAACGCCCUUCUAAUACUAAAAUUUUUCACUACUCUUUGUGUGAGUUAAUAUGAUCCAUGAAUAAAAUAAA